AUGCCAGUGCCCUCUCCUCCUCUUCUUCUUCCUCCUCCACUUCUUCUUCUUCCUCCUCUCCUCUUCCUCCUCCUAUUCCUCACCAGGAUGCUUUACUUCCAGAUGGUGAUCAUGGCCGGGACCGUGAUGCUGGCCUAUUACUUCGAGUACACCGACACCUUCGCCGUCAACGUGCAGGGCUUCUUCUGCUACGAGAGCGCCUACCGCAAGCCUUACCCGGGGCCCGAGGAGAGAAGCGCCGUGCCCCCGGUCCUCCUCUACUCGCUGGCCGCAGGGGUCCCCGUCUUGGUGAUAAUUGUUGGAGAAACGGCAGUGUUUUGCUUACAGAUGGCCACACGGGAUUUUGAAAAUCAAGAAAAAACUCUAUUAACCGGAGACUGUUGCUAUAUAAAUCCACUGGUGCGCAGAACUGUCAGGUUCCUUGGCAUUUAUGCAUUUGGACUUUUUGCAACUGAUAUCUUUGUAAAUGCUGGACAAGUUGUAACUGGGAACCUUGCACCACAUUUCCUUGCACUUUGCAAACCCAACUAUACUGCUCUUGGAUGUCAGCAGUUUACACAGUUCAUCACUGGUGCAGAGGCUUGCUCUGGAAAUCCAGAUCUCAUCAUGAAAGCCAGAAAAACAUUUCCAUCCAAAGAGGCAGCACUGAGUUUAUAUGCAGCAACGUAUCUGGCCAUGUAUAUCACCAACACGAUAAAAGCCAGAGGAACAAGACUGGCAAAACCAGUCCUUUGCUUUAGCCUAAUGUGUUUGGCAUUCCUUACUGGUAUCAACAGAGUAGCAGAAUAUCGAAAUCAUUGGUCGGAUGUGAUAGCGGGAUUUGUAGUUGGCAUUUCUAUAGCAGUCUUUUUGGUUGUGUGUGUGGUAAAUAAUUUUAGAGGUAGACAGCCUGAAAAUGAACAUUCACACAUGGACAAUCUGGCUCAAAUGCCCAUGAUCAGCAUUCCUCGGGUAGAAAGCCCUUUAGAAAAGAACCACAUCACGGCCUUUGCAGAAGUCACAUGAUGUCGAAACUGAGGUCUAUUCGCUCCAUUGGACGUCAUCUCUUUUCACAGUUCACUCAUAAUAACUGAUAAUGUUUUGAAUAUAAACCAGAAAAAAAAAACUUCAUCUGGUUUGAUGACCAGAUUUAGCAGCAUUAAAAUUUACAGCAGCCUAUGAAGAAUAUGCCUGAAAUAUCAAAGAGUAUUUUCCAACAAAAAGCAUUGCACCAUUUAGGGAUCAAGGAUGGGGGAAAAUAUUAGGAAGGAGUGUACUUGGGCACGUCACAUAAAUAUAUGGUUUCCCUUCUCUGGGGGAUAUUUAUUGUUUUGUUUUUUACUUAGCCAUGUAAGUAUCUGACAGUAUACCAUUAAAUCUAAUUAUGCUGGACUUUUCUUUAUAGAAUUUUUAAAAAUUCAGCAUGUCAUUUGUUCCCAUUCAAACAGAUUUCAGUGUACACACCUUUUUUAUAUAAAAAAUGACACCCAGUAUUAAAAUACUAUUUGCACUUCAUAUUAGAUGCAUUUCACAUACCACAUUUAUAUCUUAAGACUGGUGCUUCUGCUUUUGGAGAAAAACAUGCCAAUUUAUACUGUAAUGAGUAUUGUAUCAUAAUUUUGAAACAGAUUAUUUAUUUGGAAUUUUUCCUGACUUCAUGUGAUUGAAUAGUUGAUUUUGUAGUUUUUGGAUGUCUUCAGUGUAGCCUGUAGUUAAGAUUAGAAAUGAGAACACUUAGGCAUUGGGAUAUCCUAUUAUUUUAAUGAUUAACACUCUCUCAUUAAAGGUUAAUGGCUCCAUUCUUAGUCCUGGCAUAUUCAUAUAGGGUGGAAUUGUUCCUCCUACUACUUUGUGAUAUCAAAGUAAAAUAAUUGCUAUCCAUUGAUGGUACUUGAACAUUAAUGUGGCAUAGCCAAAGACCCAUUUCCAAAAAUGACCUUAAGGCCCUGGAUUCUCUCAUGUAUUGGAAGCAGUGAUUACAAUGGGCUAGAAUCCCAGCACAAGUGACCUCCAUCUUUCUCCCUCCCUCCCUCCUUUUUUUUUAAA